UGAGGGAUGAAAAAAAUGGAUGGGGUAGGAAUGUGUGUGCAUUUACCUGGUGGUAGUACACAGAUUCUGAACUACGCUCAUGUGGUCCUGUCUCCAUAUCUGUCCAAUUUUUCCUUAAAGCUCUGCUCACUCUUUGCUUCAACCACUUCUUUUAAAUCAUUCCAAGUACAUGUAGUUUUGUGGUGAAAACUGUACUCUUUAUUGUCUGAUUCCUUUCGAUCAUUCUUAAGUUUAUAUACAGUAAUUAGGUCACCUCUUCUGUCUUCCAGUGUUAACAGAUACAUUUCUUGUAUGUAUCUUCAAAUAUAUUGUUAUAUACUUUUCCAGUGACAGCUCUUUUUACUAUUUCUCCCUUACUACUAUAUCAUCUUUCAUCUUGUAGGUGUAUGUAGGUCUCAUUUCACUUUUCCCCAUCCCUGGAGGUGAUGGGACUCACUUGAAGGUGUUGUUUACGCAGCAUCUUGCGGAAGCCUUAAGCUUAUCCCUAACAGAACCAUGAAUGGUUUGAAAACUGUGGAGCUGCAUCUGAGAGUGUCAAAAGAUUAGAGGGAGCGAGGCAUCUGCAAAAGGACAACAUAAGGCAGUCUUUUGUCAUAACAAACAGGAUGUGGUGACCUGCUUUGGCCAUGGAGGAAUUGACAGUUCUUAAGAGAGGCAGCAAUAUGGGGCAACCAGUCUGCUCAAGGUUCCUGAAAAUGACCUUCAUAAUGACGGAGAAUCUCUAGAAUUCUCCUGUUGGUCCUUUCGACAAGGCCGUUAGAUGCCGGAUGAUGUGCUACAAUGAAUGUUUAACCCGGUAGCAGCGACGGGCCAAAUUUGUGGCUUUACCGUGUAGCAGCGAUGGGCCAAAUUUGUGCCAUGAUUUAACCCCCCCAAAAUAGAUGAUACAUAAACUGAUCACAUAUGCUUUGAUAUAUAUUAUGAAAUUGUUUGUGUGUGGGCUACAAGGGGAAGACUGCUGGGAACCUGAGGCAGUUCCUGCAACAGAAACCAGAUAAGUGGGGGUUCAAGCUGUUUGCGAGAGCGUCCGAGGAUGGGUUUGUCCACGACAUGAUACUGUAUCAGGGAUUGAUGGAAUUAACACUCCAAGCCCACAGCAUCCCCCUCAGCCCAGUGCAGAAUAUCCUGUCUGACACAAGCCAGGUAGUUACAGUCCUUACCAGCACCAUGACCUCCACCUGCACCACUGCAAUAUUCGCUGACAGCUACUUCACCAGCCUGGAACUUGUACGGUACCUCCGAGACCGAAACUGCAGGCACACAGGCUCGGCCAGGGAGGCCCGUGUUGGCAAUCCUCCACUGAAGUCCAUCCAGGAGAUGGAAAGGAAACCUGUAGCUCGGGGGGUAUACUCUGAAGGCGGGAUUCCACCAAGGCAACAUUCUGGCAACAUGUGGCAUGCUACAUUGUCGCAUGGGCUAAGUGUGUUUCCACCAGUUCAACAGAAGGCAACAUGUAGCAUGCGAUUGUGUGGCAUGCGACAGGUGGCAACAUGUUGCCGUGUUGCCUGACGCAUGCGACAAGAUUUAGCCUGUUGCCUAGUGUUGAACGCCUUCCCACCAGUCGCGGGAAGGAUUCCGUGUUGAAAGGCAACACGAUGAAUUGGUCACGAGAAAAAACCAUAGAAUUCAUAGAAGAGUAUAGAAAACUUUCAGUUCUGUGGGAUGUACGCUUGCAAGAGUACAAGAAUAAUCAGGCUAAAUUAGAUGCACUGCGGGGAUUAGCUGAGAAAUACAAUUGUGACGUGGAGAUGCUGAAGAAAAAGAUCAAGAAUUUGCGUACAGCUUUUCGCCGGGAACAUAAACGCCUAACCCAAAAAAAAUCUGGAUCUUCUCCCAUCAAGACAGGCAAGUGGUUUGCUUAUGAACUGCUUUUGUUCCUCCUGGACGUGGACACCCCAAGGCCUGGCUACUCAUCUCAAGCUGAACCUCAGACUGAGCAAUCACCAUGCAUUGAGGAUGAACCUGGAGGGGAUGAUCCUACUGAAACACUGGGAACGUCAUCGACUCUGAAUGCAGAAGCUCCUGAAGCUUCACAGGAAGCUGAGAAAGGCGACAGUAAUGACGAUGGCAAAGAGGCAAGCAACAAAAGAAGAGGACAGAGCUGGAAAAGAAAAACUGUUGAUGAUGAACGAGCUGAAGAGGCAUACCAGAUUUUGAAAGAUAGUGUGAAAAGGGAUGACUGUUCUAUUUAUGCUGAACAUGUUGCAUGUGAAAUUCGGAAACUUGAUCCAAAGGCCCAGGCAAUUGUGAAACACUUAAUUAACAACAUCUUAUUCGAAGCUGCUAUGGGGAAAUACGACAGUGGUGAUCGCUCUCAUCGAUUUGGUUUGCCUCCAGCGCAUCCUUUUCAUACCAGUGCCUCUUCAUCCCAUCAUAACCCCAUUGCCUCUGAUUCUUCUGCCUCUACUCCCCGCCACUCUUUCUACAGUGACUCCUCUACCCCUGACUAUGACCAUGGGGCAUCAACAUCAAUCUCGAAAUCGCCAUCAAUAUUUGCUCAACUAGGAAAUCAGUCACACCAAGAAUCUGUUGUAACACCAGCUUCACAAGGAUUUGUUGCUCAGUCAGAUAAUGAAUAUCAUCCACAUUUUGUUCAGACAGAUAAAGAACCUGAGCAACACCAUAAUGAAACAGACGUGGAUGGGUCCUUGAAAUCACUGGAUAUUUUGGGAAAUAUUUCAGAAUUUGUAGAAUAAACCAUAUGUAUUAAUCUUUUUUUUUUAAUCUUAAGUUGCUAUUUUAGUUUCUCUGCUGAAGGAAAUGUUCAUGUGUUACAUGAUUUUCUCAGUAUGGAUAGAAUAUG